CAAGUAAGCAAAGGGCGGCGCACCAAACAGACAAACAAGAGUUGGAACAUAUACUGUUUGUUAAUGAAAUAAAGGAGGGGGGUGGCCAAAAGAAGAAGAAACUAUUGGAUAGUUUUAAAGUUUGGUUUUUUUGUUUUCUUUUUAAUCCUUUUUAACCUUUAUUUCAAGGGUUUUAUGGUUAAGAUAACAUAGGAUAUAUAGAUGUUGAUUUAUCUUAAAGAAUUAAGGUGUAAGUCUUAUCAAGUCAGAACCACACACAAGUUAAUCUAAUUCGAGUUAACAAGACAUGUCCAUUAUAAUAAUGUUUGAUGUAUAGUAGUUUAAAUGUUUAAUGGUUGUGAGAUGCAAAUCUUUCCACUGCGUUAUAUUGUAUCUGGUAACGUAAGAUGUUGAGAGGAGGGAGUGUGUAUAUGAAAGGAUAUAUAGUAUUGUAACACAAAAUUUACGGUGGAAGUUAAAAGAAAGGCAAUUUGGAGAGAGAGAGAGAGAGAGAAGGGGGGUGGCGUGAAAAAGAUUAGGGUGAGACGCCGUCCAAAAUAUAUAAGUAAAAGGCUUAGAGUAAUCUGCUAACCCCAUGCGUAAUUGAUAACUACACCUCAUCUCUUUCACCUUCCUCUUUUUUACUACUUAUAAACCUAUCCUCCACGUUUAUAUAUAUAUACAUUGUUCUUUUUCUCCAAGACAUAUUUUUAUUCAUCAUCUCUAAGCUAAGCUAAGCUUGCUAGCUAGGUACCUUGCUCUCACAUAUAUUGAUCAAGUCGGAAUAACGGAGUUAAUUAGAUCAUCAUAAUCAUUCACCGCGAUUCAAAUAGAGAAGAAGAGGAGGAAGAAGAAAGACAAGAUUAUUCUAAGCUAGGACGUACAACAUAUACAAUUUUCAUUCGAUUCAAUUCUUUGAAGAAUAAUUGGAAAUGAAUCAUACCGAAUUAUGUGUUCCACCGGGAUUUAGAUUUCAUCCCACAGAAGAAGAAUUAGUGGGGUACUAUCUCAAGGGAAAGGUCAACUCCCUCAAAUUCGAUCGAGAUGUCAUCAUUGAAAUUGAUCUUUACAGGAUGGAACCUUGGGACAUCCAAGAUAAAUGCAAGUUGGGAUAUGAUGAACGUAAUGAAUGGUACUUCUUCAGCCACAAAGACAGGAAGUACCCUACCGGAUCUCGUACAAAUAGGGCCACAGCGGCCGGAUUUUGGAAGGCGACAGGGAGAGAUAAGGCGGUGUUAUCCAAGAAUAACAUCAUAGGGAUGAGAAAGACCCUUGUCUUCUAUAAAGGCCGUGCCCCUAAUGGCAGGAAAACUGAUUGGAUCAUGCAUGAAUAUCGUCUUCAAACUUCUGAACAUGCUCCUCCUCAGGAAGAAGGGUGGGUGGUAUGCCGAGCAUUCAAGAAACCAAGUCCAAGUCACAAGCAAGGAUAUGAAGCAUGGAGUCAUCAUCAAAAUCAGUACUACUACAUGAGAAAUAACAACUACGAUAGACACAUUGGUUCACCAUCAAUUCCUGAUACAUCAAGCCCUAACACUGAUCCAUCCGAUUCUAUAAACCAAUGUCACACAAACUUCCACAACCCUCAAUCACAUCCUAUGCAGCAGCUUCCUUACACUAAUUUCAACCCGGAAUUGAUCAUCGAAAACCAACUGAUCAUCGACCUCCCUCGAUUGGAUAGUCCGUCUUUUUCGACAAGCUUUGCAACAAAAGAAGCAUAUGAAAAUCAUCAACAAAGUGGUGGAAUAAUUAACGAGGAACAUCAUCAUAAUGACCAUGAGAGUAGCAACAACAAGUGGGAAAUAUUGGAUAAUUUGCUAGGAAAUUCAUCAUCAUUUUCUAAUAAUGAUCUACCAAACAUGCACUUAGUUCCUCAUGAUUAUGAACUAGAGGUUCAGAAUCAACUUGGAAGUUUUCUCGAAUGCUUUCCGAACUUAUAGCAAAGCUCAAUGCAACCAUAAUAUUUCAACUACCAACAAAAAAAAAAGGGAAAAAAACAAAAAAAUAUAUAUUGAUAUAAAUAUAUACUUUGUGUUUUAGACAUAUUUUCAUGUGUGUUUCAUGUGCAUGUUAACAAGGCAUGCUAUAUAUUAUUCCAAAUGUAACUUCGAUCUCUUUCUACUUCUUUUUUUUUUUUUUAACUAAUUGUAUUCUCAUGUAAAGUUAAUUGGUAGGGUUUGUUGAACUCAUCAAUCCCCUAAAAAUUUAUCCAAGUUUCUAAUGUGAUUAGUGAAAUGGCUUACGUGCUCUGCUAAUAAUCGAU